AUGGACUUAAAAGAGUUCAAUGAACUUGUGAAAAAAAGAAGUGAAAUUGAAAAUGAAAUAAAUGAAAAUUUAGAAUUUUUAGAAAAACCUGAAAAUAAAAAUAUUGGUAUGAAAGGAAAGUUAAUUGAUGCAGAAGGAUUUCCUCGAAAUGAUAUUGAUAUAUAUAGUAUUAGGGUAGCCAGAAAUAAAAUCAUUUGUUUAAAAAAUGAUUAUUUAGAUAUAAACAAAAAAAUUGAAGAAUAUUUGCACAAAGUUCACAGUACUCAUCCAGUAAUACGUGUUGAAAGAAAUAAAAAUAAAAAUGACGAAGAAAAUUUAAAUUGGAAUAAAAUAUAUGAAGAUGUAAAUGAAGUAGAGAUUGAACAUGUGAAAAAAAAUAUAUUUGCCAUAAUAGAUGAAAUGAUUGAUAAUUCUCCUUCACAUAAAGCUGGCUUAAAAAUUAAUGACUAUAUUUACCAAUUUGGAGAUGUGAAAAAAAACGAAAAUGACGAUAAUGAAAACUUAGACAUACUUAAAAAAAUAUCUGAUUACAUGAAAACUAAUCCAUCUAAAAUUGAAAUAAAAGUAUUAAGAGAAGAAAAGGUUUACACUUACUACAUUUUUCCUAAUAAAACUCAUAAUGGAUUGUAUAUUGGGUGCCAUCUAACACCUAUCAAAAACUUAUAA